GCCCUAAACACAGUGCAUCUGCCUGCAGCCUGCCUGCACGCCUGCCCGCAGCCUGCCCGCAACCAGCCCCGGAUUUGCUUCCCAGCCAUGCUGCUGCUCCCACUCCUCCUGAAGGCCACCCUGCUGCACCUGGCCAGUGGCUUCUACCGCCCGUUCCGCAACGGCUUCUACUACAACCACAUCAUGAAUGACAAUAGUGACGAGCAGGACAAAGUGGAUUAUUUUAGUGGAUCCAGACUAGUGGUGGAAGCCUCCAGAGACCCUGUCUACAGCUACAAUGGUGCCAACAUCACCCUGCCCUGCCGCUACCGCUAUGAACCUGACCAGGAACCUAAGCGCAAAAUCCGCAUCAAGUGGUCCAAGCUGCGGGACGACUACACCAAAGAGCAGGAUGUGAUGGUGGCCAUUGGCAAGACCUACGUGGCCUUUGGGGACUUCAAGGGCCGUGCCCACAUCCGCCAGGCUGGUGAGGCCAGCUGGCACGAGGCCUCGCUGGUCAUCAGCGACGUGCGCUUGAAGGACGAUGGCAAAUUCCGCUGCGAGGUCAUUGAUGGGCUGGAGGAUGAGAGCGACGUUGUGGACCUCCGGCUGCAAGGCAUCGUGUUCCCCUACCAGCCUCCCCGCGGGCAGUACAGGCUCAAUUUCCACGAAGCCGAGCAAGUGUGCCAGGACCAAGGUGCCAUCCUCGCCAACUUUAACCAGCUCUUCCAGGCGUGGAGCGAGGGGCUGGACUGGUGCAACGCGGGCUGGCUGGCCGAUGGCACGGUGCAGUACCCCAUCCGCCUGCCCCGCAAGCCCUGCGGGGGCGUGCACCUCGCCCCGGGCAUCCGCAGCUACGGCCCGCGGCACCGCCACCUGCACCGCUUCGAUGCCUUCUGCUUCUCCUCCGCGCUCAAAGGAGAGGUUUUCUACCUGGACCGCCCGGCUGGGAUGACGCUGGAGGAGGCCAAGCAGAGCUGCCAGGAUGCCGGGGCCGAAAUCGCCCGCGUGGGGCAGCUCUACUCCGCCUGGAAGUUCGCGGGGCUGGACCGCUGCAAUGCCGGCUGGCUGGCAGAUGGCAGUGUCCGCUACCCCAUUGUCACACCCCGGGCCAACUGCGGCCCCGCUGAGCCCGGUGUCCGCAGCUUCGGCUUCCCCAGAAAGGGCAGCUUUGGAGUCUUCUGCUACAGAGAGAGAUAAGGAGCCGGGAGGGAUCCUUCUUGGAUGAAGGACGUUUCCAUCCUGCCAGCGCCCAGUGUUGGGCAUUUCCA